AUGUCUGAUUCAAAGUCCCCGGGAGACAGUGUCUCGAAGGCCGGGGGGCGGACUGGGGGCGAUGCCGACCAUGCGAACAAGAGACAACGAACGGCAGCAAUGUAUCAGCGAAAACGUGCUGUGACAGCAUGUCAGCCUUGUCGACUUCGCAAAACACGUUGCGAUAACGUGCGACCAAUAUGCGGUUUCUGUUCCAAAAAUGGCGCCCAGUGCACAUAUCCCGAAGCUAAUAACGGCGACUAUUCAACGUUCGACCCGGCAAGUUUAGCUAUCCUAGAUCGCAUCAAUCAUGUAGUUUCACUACUUGAAACACAGAGCCAAGAAGCAGUUAUGAAUGAUGGACCAUCUGCUUCUGGAUCCGCGCACGCACCACAACACUCCAGCAUCCCAACGCCAGCUGAUUCCACUAGGUCAACCUCGAACCUAUCUGACGAAGAUAUCUUGUUAGCAUUUGAUGUCCCGGAUUUCCCAUCUAGCAUCAAUAACUGUGAGAGCAUUCUCCGCUGGCAGGUAUUUGAAGGCCUGGUGCCGGAUAUUCAUUCCUUCGUUCUGGACCUGGACGAAACUGGCGCUGGCCGCGGUGAUCGUGUUGUCGAGGCUCGGGGAUCUCUUGGCCGUGGCGUCCAAGAGGAUGACUUCAUAUCGCUAUCGAAAAGAUUCUUGGCCUACGUGCAUGUCAAGAAUCCUAUCCUCGACGUAUCAGACUAUAAGAAUCAAGUUCGGAUUGCAGCGGAGAAUGGACCCAGGUGGGAUGGCCAAUCAUGCCUUGUAUUGACUUCAUGUGCACUGGCAUGUCUCUCAGCGCCCUUUCAGUCAGAUAUUACGUUCGGCAACACACCUGAAUCGAUGCGGUCUUCGACAUCUGCAGCCGUGGAUCCAGAUACUGCAGCGAUGUAUUAUCUGGCUGCAAAGAAGCGACUUGGCAUACAGAAGCCAUCUCUGCUCUACAUUCAAUGUCUAUUCCUGUGUGGUGUGUACGAAAUGUAUACCUUGUCUCCUCUCGAAGCUUGGUUCUAUUUCAACAGAGCUUGUGUCGAUUUGCGUAAUCUACUCUGGGCACGCAACCGAAGGAGGUCACCAGAUCCGGUCUCACAAGAAGCUCGUCGUUUAGAGCAGAGACUAUAUUGGUCUUGUGUAAAGACUGAGUAUGAGCUGAGAUGUGAAAUACCACUACCGCCAAGCGGGAUCACCAACUGUGAAUACCCAGACAUGUUCCCAUCUCCCCCAACGAGAUUAGGAUCCCCGACCAUCCACGGACAAGCCCUCGAGGAGCUCGAGUCAGAUAUUGUUCCCGAGGAAGAAAAGAGCUGGUUUUACUACCUGGCAGAGAUUUCCUAUCGUCGCAUUUUGAAUCGUGCCAUGGCGGUAAUGGGUCACGAAGGAGAAGAGGGCUGGAUCCGGAAUAUCUCCAGCCGGAUGAAACAGUGCAAGACUUUUAAUGAUCAAAUAGAUCUCUGGUAUUCUCACGUGCCGCCUCAGCUCAACCCCCAACAUGAAGGUCACGAGAAUAGUGAACUGGGGCAGUUUCUAGCUAAUCGUGCGAUAAGCUGCCGCGAAUGGAUCCAUCGGCCGUUCCUCUACUACAUUAUUCACAGGCCACCUUCCGAUCCAAUUUAUGACCAAGUGAUGCCGCUGGCACAGAAGUGCUUGGAGCUUUGCGUUCAACAAAUGAUACGCACGUUUGGUAAUCAUCGACACCACGGCACUUGGUAUGUUUCUCGAGGGUGUAUAACCCGGGCCCUGCUCCUUCUGGCCGCCGCAAGAAGUGGAAAGAUAUCGCUCCCGGAAGAUUGGAAGGAGGCUUUGGAGAUAGCUAGAGGGACGGUGCGCAGAUGGUGCGGCGAGGCAACUGAUCUUCGCUGGGCUGAAGCUACAUUCGAUGAUAUUGUGAGAGUCGUAAUGGAAUGA